GAGUGCCCGGCUAGCUUGACAUGGUAGCAGUCGGGCUCAUGCAGCUUUGGUGCCAUGCACCCAGCAGAUGGCGCGCAAGAACGAGCUGAGCCUGGGCGCCUGCGUGAAGUAUAACAUUGGCAGCUUCUUUGCCGUUUUUUGCCUGGGAUGGAUCGUCAUCAGCAACCCCACCGUGCUCGGGCCGUGCCCAGUGCACGACGAGCCGGUGAAGCUGGCACAGGGGGUCUCUGAAGCGCUGAAGUCCUGGAAGGCUCAGCGCAAGGGGCCUUCGGAAGAUGAAGAUGAGGAUGAUGAGGAGGCGGAAGAGGCGGAGGAAGUUGUACUGGAAAAUCAUGUCUAUCAAAUGUCAGCUGCAAGGCUCCAGGCGCAGGGUGCGCCGGGUGCGCUGGAUGCGCUGCACAGUGCCAAAGAAGCAGGAACCCCGCAGUGGGUCUUUUGCGCUGCACAGUGGCAGGAUUGCACCUGCGGAGGUGCAGUUCGGUGGGGGAACAAAGAGACGUGGGCAGUCAUGGAGCCGAAGAAGAAGGGCGAGCUGCUGACAGUCAGGUGCAGCGUGCAGGUCUUGGAGGAUUUGCUGCCGGGGGACGACGGCAAGCACUGCGAGUGCCAGGUGCUGCCGGGCAGCGCUUUCUAUCGAGGACUGAAUCCCAUGUGGCUCCCGGAUGCCGAAGCAGAACGGCUGGGAGCUCCGCUCGCGUCCUCUUGCGAGCUUUGGGCUAAGGCCAAGGGGCAAGGCGCCUGGGGUGCGCAGCAGUGGCGAGCCACCGAGUUCUUCUGUGGGCCCUGGGACCAGGAGCCUUCAGGGGACCGCGAGAUUGACCUGGACACAAUGCGCAAGCUCAUGCGCGCGCGGGUCGAUGCUCGCUUCACCGAGGUGUACCACAAGUACUUUGGACGGCCGGGGGAGAAGCAAGGCUGGGCAGACCGGGCCUACGUGAACUACUUCGCUGGGCCGCCUGACGGCAAGCACGCCAAGAUGACGGAGGAAUUGAUCCGGUCCGUGCACACCUUCUCCUCAGAGCUCAUCGUGGUGGUGAACUUCGGCAUGACGUGCUCCUCCCAGCUCACGGCCAAGCGCUUCCCGCGGCUGGUGCUGCUGCACGCGGAGCCCAUGGAUGUGGAGCUGCACCGGGGCUUCAACUUCAACAAGUUGCGCGCCUUCCUUUUCGCGCGGGUCUUGACGGGCGUCGGCCUGGACUCCGACCAGUUCGUGGCGCCCUACGUCGACCGCCUGUUCGAGAUGACGGAGCGGGAAAUCACAAAGAGCUACCCGUUCCCCAUCAUGCCCGUCCACUUUCUGGACCGCGGGCCAAAGGACUUGGGAGUUUGGUGGGGCCGCUACUGUCCAGAUACUGCCUGCAGCCUGCAGACCAUGCGCUGGGGCCAUGCCCAUCCCACUUGGACCUUUUGGGCUCUCCCAUUCAUCGGUCGUUGGCUUCGCCGGAACUUUCGCGACGAGACCCUGCCCGAAAUCGUUGGGAAGGUCAGCGCUCCCGCCCUGCGCGUCGUGGAGAUUCCGGAGGACGAGGACUUGCUGAACGUGGCGCUAUGGGAGGAGAAGGCUACGAAGCAGUGGUGCAAGUUCGACAUCACGGACCCUAUGGAGUUCCAGUUCCUUUUCGAGUGGAGGGCGAGGAGCGGGAACAAGUGUGGAGGACCUGGCUGCGCCAACAUCUAUGCAGACCGGCGCUUCUACAAGCAUGGCGCCGCAAAGCUGUUCUAUACCGCGCACCAUGCAGUGAACCCCGCGGAGACCCACAAGCAGGUCGACCGCAUUGAGAAGAAGUUCAAAGAGAAGAACUGGCCAGCUUCCACAGUGGUCUACAACCAGAAGCUGUGGGCGCCGGAGGAGCUGCGCAAGGCUCACCCGGAAGCGGUUUGUCUUGUGUGAUUGCCCAGUUCCGUGAAGCCUGC